ACGAAUAUUCUGCAGUGCCGUCAUAGAUUCCAUAAAUAAAACACGUCUAUUUGUAUAACUAUAGAGAAAACAGUAAUUUCAUUUAUAAACAAAAAUGUACUGUAUAAUAGCAACAUUUGUGGCCCUGAUGUACAUUUUAUGGGACGUCAAUUACUUUCUCCGUGUAGCUUUCACUAUUGCAAUUGGGAGAUUGUUCCAAAAGAAAAGCGGCCUCAAAGAUGCGACUACAAUUUACGGAUUUUGCACAACCCAAGAUGUGGACAUCUUCUUCAGGCACAUGAACAAUGCGCGCUAUGUUCGUGAACUUGACUUCGCUCGCUUCCAUUUCUACGACAGAACAGGCAUCUACGCUAACAUCAAAGCACUCGAUGGCCAUGUCCUUCAGGGCGCCUCGAGCAUUCGGUACAGACGGACCAUACCUAUAUUUACUCCAUACAAAGUUGAGACAAAGUUGGCGUAUUGGGAAGACAAAUCGUUAUUCAUUGAACAACAGUUCGUUACUUUCGAUGGAUUCGUGCGCGCCAUAGUGCUGUCUCGGCAGAAUCUUAUCAACGUGGACGCUGAUACUCUCCUAAAGAACAUCCCUGGAGCUGAAGUGAAGCCGGAGUGUCCAGAGGAAAUCAAGCAUUGGCUUCAGGCCAUUGAAAUAACCAGUGCCAGGCUGAGGAAGAAGGAAUAGUUAUUUUAAUAUUAACAUUAGAUAUAGGUACCGUGGCUCAAAUAGAUAAUUUUAAUAAAAUGAUUUUAUAUUAACAUAGAA